GCCCAGCUGGACGCGGAGCUGCUGCGAUACUCGGAGAGCCUUCAGGGUGUGCCCGUGGCUUACGACAACAUCAAAGUGGUGGGUGAGCUCGGCGACAUUUACGACGACCAGGGAUUCAUCCACCUCAACAUCGAGGCGGACUUUGUCAUCUUCAGCCCCAAGAAAGGGAAAAAGCUGGUGGGUAUAAUUAAUAAAGUGGCCCCUAGUCAUAUUGGCUGCCUGAUACAUGGAUGCUUUAAUGCAUCUAUCCCUAAGCCUGAACAAAUGUCAAUUGUACAGUGGCAAGAGCUGGGGUUAAAAAUAGGGGAUGAACUGAAAUUUCAAGUGUUGCACUUGGAUUCCGAUACAGCUGGGGUGUUCUUCAUUCGAGGAGGACUCACUAAAAGAAGCAUGCGGCCCAAACGAUGUGAGACCAUCACUGACAGUGCGAAUGGAAAUGAAAUUCAAAAGCUUGAUCACCAGGAAAAUGGCUUGAAUGACUCUGGGGAAGAUAAUGUAACAGAAGAGCCUUUAAAUGAGACAAAUAACCUUGGGAGGGAAAACAAAGAAGGGCAAAGUGUUGAUGCUGUGAAUGGGUUAUGUGAUGAAACAGGCAAGAAGAAAAAGAAGAAGAAAAAGGACAAGCAAGAAGAACAGGAACAUGUAUUGCCUACCAGUGACUCCAGUGGUUACCAAAGUGACCAUAAAAAGUCAAAGAAAAAGAAAAGAAAGCAUUGUGAAAUUGAAGAAAGUGAAUUAUCUCAGCUGUCAGAAAAACCCAAAGCUAAAAAGAAAAGGGACUAAAGCCUGAAGUGCCUUUCCUGAAUUAGAUUUCAGACAUUUUUUGUAAGU